AAUCUCACAGUGUGCAGUAGACCAGCAACAAAGGCGGCUGAAUAAAACGGGCUAUUAUUUCCUUCAAGUUGUCUAUCUUUUGAAAGUCGACACAAAAGUAAAAAACAAAAACAAACUAAAACCAGUGCUAAACCAGGCUUAAACCUGUUUGCUUACAAAAAUUUGGCAAAAUAAAAACUAAAAACUUUUUUCGUGUAAACUUUUAUUACGAAAGAAGUAAGGAAGAUUAGCGGCCUCAAAAUAAAAAACGAAGAUAGAAAGCCACAGAGCGAGGUUUAGAACAAAAAAAGCAACAACAACCCCAUCAAGCCGUGCGUCUGACGCCGUAACUUAAAACGUGUUUGGAAUAUUUAAAUCGUAUUUCACUUCCAGAAUUUAUUAAUUUAUUAAAUUAUAAAAUAUCACAACAAUCGAGAACACGGCCGCGCAAAGUCAAUCAGUCAGUUAGUGUCCCCGUCUCGAAAGAAGACAACGUGUCGUUCCAAUCCCUCGCUUCAAAUUCUAUUUUCGAAAAUUUCAAUUUCCGCCGCGCCCGGUGCUGUAAUCGAAUCUUAAUACGACAAUCCAUCAAAUCAGAAAAUGAAGAGUUUCAUAAUCUUCCUCAUCGUCAGUGCUUGUCUGUUGCAUGCCGCAUUUGGUGCACCACAGUUAAUCACCUUUAAAGAUGGCAAAGUAGGUGUCAACUUCUUUGGCUAUCAUGCUGAGGCUGGACUUGGUGGCCAAAAUUCGGGUAAUGGCUUAGCUGGCGGCCUACACGCCUCCGCAGGAACCCCAUGGGGUCAGAAUGCCGCUGCCGGUUUGGGUGGUAAUGUGAAUGGACGUGCCGCUGGCGGUUUAUAUGCCGGAGCCCAAGCAUUGCCCGAUGUUGGUGCCAGUGCGGUUUUAGGUGGCGAUACUUCCAAGGGCGGCUAUGGAGCCUCCGAAGCAUAUGUUCCCGGCAAGGUCAGCCAUCGUUCACACAAUGUACAGUUUGAGCAGGCUACACAAGCUGUGUUGACCAAUGAAGUCCCAGUUACAGAUGGCCCCAAUGUUAUCCAAAAAGUCAAAUCGAAGAGAUAUCGUGGUGAUGCUGCUCACCAAACAGUCUUGCGACAACGGCUGCAUCAACGCCACCCUCAUCCCCAUCAGCAACGUAAAUUGCAGCGGCGCCUCAACAAUGCCCACCAGGAACGUCAGCGUUCCAAGACCAUUGUCCGUACGGUGGAACAAGUGAAUGUUGCGGCAUCCGACCAGCAAACCGACAAUCAUGGCGAACAAUUACCGUAUCAGGCAGGGAAUUCGGAAAAGCACAUUAGAACCCACAAACACAAAUUGAUUGCAACCACAUCCGCUGACGUUUCUGCUGCCCCCGCACCCCCAGCCCCAGUUAAAGUAGUAUCCGAACCAGCCCCAGUGAAUUAUGUUCCAGUACCUGGACCCGUUGGCCACUCCGAAGCAUCUGCUGAUGGUUACAUUGGUGUGACUAAAUCCGGAAAUGUUGUUCCAGCUGCCUUGCAGAUUCCCAUUGGCAUUUUGCAAUCUCUACAACAAUCCCUGGGUGGCCUCGGGGGAUCGAGUAGUCUGUCCGUUUCCAAAUAUCAUUAAAUAACAAAAUUACACAAAUGAUUUUCGAUAUUAUUUUAUUUUAUUUUGAUUCGACUCAACUCAUAUCUAUUUUUGUAUAUUUAUAUCUCUCCAUAUUCAUAUACGUAUUUAUGAAUGUAAUCAUAGUUAUAAGUUUGUAUGUAAUAACUAACGUGUUUUUUUACAAUUGUAUUUUCAAUAUUCAAUUUUAAUUUGAUGGCAUUACAAGGCAACAACAAAAACAACUAUAGCAUCAAUAACAACAAAUUACUUACUGAUGAGAAUUCGAAAUAUCAAUACUAUUUUCUGUGGUGAAUAUGAUUAUUUUCUGUGUUUUGUAUAAAACAAAUAAUAAAACAACAAUUAACAAAAAAA